AAGAUCAAUGUCGUCAGUGUUAUGUCAACCACUGCUUCGUUAAGAUAUAAAUAAAGAUAUAUAAUAAUAAGAUAUACCUGUGAUUCAGUUGUUGUGUUUAAAAUGAAUCUGUGUGUGUGUUUGGUUAUUUUAAGUUUUAAUAGUGUAAAAUCAAGAAGUAUUUCGGAGAAAAAUGCAAUACCAAAAAGGACAUUUGACGAGAAGAAUAAAGAACACUGGAGACAACAAGCACAAUGGACGUUACGGGCAAAGCUGGCAAAGCCACAAAACACAAAAGUAGCAAAGAACGUAAUACUAUUUCUGGGUGAUGGUAUGAGUAUCACCACACUGGCGGCUACCAGGGUCUAUUUGGGACGGAAGUAUGGAUUUACAGGAGAAGAGGUCAAAUUGAGUUUUGAAUCUUUCCCUCAUACCGGAUUGGCAAAGACAUACUGCGUAGACAGCAAUGUAGCUGACUCUGCUUGUAGUGGCACAGCGUACCUCACAGGUGUGAAGGCGAACAGUGGGACGGUGGGGCUUAGUGGAAUUGUUAAGCGCGGUGACUGCGAAGGACAGCGCGAUACAGCUAACACUGUUACUGGGUUGGUGGACUGGGCGCAGAAGUCUGGAAAAGCUACAGGGAUAGUGACAACAACACGCGUGACACAUGCGACACCAGCCGCUGCGUACGCGCAUUCAGCGGACCGGAAGUGGGAAGCGGAUACUGAUUUACCGAAACAUGGCCUUCGGUGUGACGACAUUGCCAGUCAGCUGGUGAGAGGCGGCGUGGGCAGUCGCAUUGAUGUCGUUUUAGGAGGCGGAAGAAAGAACUUCCUUCCACGCUCUGAAAAAGAUUCAAGAGGCAAACCAGCUGGAUACAGACGAGACAAAAAUAAUCUCAUUCGAGAAUGGCUUUUAAGCAAAGAAUCUUUGGGACAAACUCCCAAAUAUGUGUACAACAAAAAAGAUCUGUUAAAUCUCGAUACGAAGUACAAUAGUGUUUUAGGAUUAUUUUCGUAUGACCAUAUGCCAUAUCACUUAGAGGCAAAUGAAGAUGAUCCAAGUUUAAGUGACAUGACGCGAAAGGCGAUUGAAAUUUUAUCUAGAAAUUCGAAUGGAUAUUUUCUUUUUGUUGAAGGUGGGAGAAUUGACACCGCCCACCACGAGACCAAGGCCCGGAAGGCUCUAGAUGAGACAGCAGAGUUCGCAAAGGCCGUAGAAGCAGCUCUCCGACUUGUUAACACUGAGGAUACUCUUGUCGUUGUAACAUCGGACCACAGUCAUACCAUGACGUAUAGUGGUUAUAGUGAAAGAGGAUCCGAUAUUUUGGGAUUUGGAACUAAGAUCAACGCGUCUGAUGAACUCCCCUACACCACUUUGAGUUACGCAAACGGGCCUGGGUACAGGCCACACCAAGAUUUCAAAAGAGCUAAUGUUAUGUUAGACGAUUUGUCUAGCCUCAACUUCACGUACCCAGCCCUUGUACCAAUAGUACGAGAGACGCAUGGUGGAGAAGACGUAGCUGUGUUUGCAACCGGACCUUGGUCUCACCUGUUCAGUGGGAACUAUGAGCAGAACUUUAUUCCACAUGCGAUCGCCUAUGCCGCCUGUCUGGGCACGAGACUUACCGUUUGUUCAUAAUAUAAAAGUUCCGUUGUCUGCCGCGAGAUGGCGUUAAAAUAAAUAUGACUUUUAGCUCUUAUAUAGAAAAGUUUUGAGUGGAUUUCGGAACUGUACUCGAACUUUUUUUAAAUGAAACAAGAAAAUGCAUCCACCAUUGUAAUUUCUGUUGAUUGAUUUGCCAUUUUUUUAAAUAAUCAUAAUAUUUGGUACCAUAAAAUACAUGUUUUAGGUUGUUAAUGUAGAGUAUAAUAAAAAUAUGCAACAAUUAAUAAAAUAAGUUAUGUUUAGUAAGAUUGGAAGUCUCCAGUAUUAUAUUUUAACAACUUCGCAUCCUUUUACAUAUGACUAAAGUGAUUCAUGAAGUAACAUAGAAAAAGUUAUACGUAAAUAUUAAGAUUUCAUACACAUUGUCUUAAGUUACAUGGUAUUGUGAUAUUAUUAAUAAUAAGCGUUAUCUAUAAGGAAUUAAAAAAGCCGAAGAUGAA